AUGUGGCUCCACCUUGGAGCCGCUCUUGACGACAUUCGGCAAGAAUCUGGACGAAGCCGACAAGCUCGCCCAUCCCAAGAAGAAGGGAAAGAAGGGCUGCCAACGAGCUUCAGGCCAAGGCUCAAGAGCUGCUGGCUGGAUGCCCAGAAACAACUGGACGACCAGAUGGCCGCCGAUGAGAAGGUAGCUCGAGUCGAAGCCAAGCUUUUCGAGAUUCGGGGCGACCCCAGAUACCAUGGUCGCUUUGCAACGCGCCGACGCGAGCCACCGCAGGACGAUCAAGACGAACUGCAGAAGUGCGAACAGGUUGCCGAUUGUGAUAUUGGUCGGCUGGAGGCGAAGCUGCUCGAGAUCAACCAAUCUCUCGCCAGCGACGACCUCAGCCCCGAGCAACGCAAGGAGCUC